UGAUGGAGCCACCUAAUACCAGGAACCCACCAGAGAGAUGUCCCCGUCCUCUGUAUUCCCGGGAUUCCACACAGGGACGUCACAGCUACCAUAAUCAGGGUGAAGAUCUGAUGAAUAUAAAAGUGGAGGUGGAAGCAGAAGAAGAAGGGACGUAUGUGAGGGAUGAUCAGCAGUCUAUGGAGGAGGAUGGAAUAAUGAGGAUAGUAAUAGAGGAGGACACUCCUACAGAGAUCAGCACAGGCAAGUCCUAUCUAUCCCACCAUCUGAGUUCCCACACAGAGGAGAAGCCGUAUCGCUGUUCGGAAUGCGGAAAGUGUUUUUCGAAAAAGGAGGGCCUUCAAAGGCAUCAGAAGUUGCACACCAACGAGAAGCCGUUCUCCUGCACCGAGUGCGGGAAAAGCUUUCAGCGAAAAUCCCAACAUAUCAGACAUCAGAUCUAUCAUUCGGGGAAGAAGCCGUAUUCCUGCGAAUAUUGCGGUCAGUGCUACCUGGACAAAUCAACGUUCACCACACAUCAGAGAUCCCACACCGGAGAGAAGCCGUACGGCUGCUCCGAGUGCGGGAAAUGCUUCUCGGACAAGGCCUACCUCACCAGACACCGGAGAUCUCACACCUUGGAGAAGCCGUACGCCUGCUCCGAGUGCGGGAAACGGUUCUCGGACAAGUCCAAUCUUUCCAGGCACCGGAGAGCCCACAGGAGCGAGUUGCCGUAUUCCUGUCCGGAGUGCAAGAAGAGCUUCGUACAGAGGUCCGAAUUCACCCGGCAUCAAAGGACGCACACGGGCGAGAAGCCGUUUUCCUGCUCCGAGUGCGGGAAAUCUUACUCGCAGAGGGGCCACCUUUCCGAACAUCUGAAAGUGCACGCUGGGGUGAAGCCUCAUUCCUGUGCCGAGUGCGGGAAAUGUUUUGUGCGCAAUUCGCAACUUGUCAGGCAUCAGCGGUCUCACAAGGUAGAAAUGGUAGUCGUGUCCUGAGCGCGGGGAAAUGUUUUAAAGUCUAAUUUUACUGUACAUAAGAGAUCCCGUUUGGAGCCAUCAAAGUGUAGUAGUGUCCCCGAGUGCUGGAAAUACGUUGGGUGAAUGUCACAUUUUCCCUAGCCCGGCGAAUUCUCACUGUAAUUUGAUUUCCGAUGAGCUCGAUCUAGUGGUCAUAAUGUGGUAUUUUCCCGAUUGAGGUACUCAUUAUGGCCACUAGAUGGAACUGGCGGGCGAACUAGACGAAGGUUCUAAUCCUUCCUCGUUGUUUUUAAAAGAAAGUUGUAGCCUUGACAUAAACAUUUGGGAGCUUGCCUGAAGGACAAGAGAGGGAGGGGUCUCGGGAGGGCACUUCCUGUCUCGGCCUCCCAACAUGUGUCGUCACCCCGUCACGUGUGCCCCUGGUGGGGGAUCACAAGCAACCAUACUGUCACGUAUAAAUCAGGCAUGGUCCACCAACGUCACCAUCUGGAAGCCGGCGCAGAGCAAAUGAUGUGCAGCUGCUGAUGUUGGAGUGCAUGUUGUUGGAAGAAGCUGGAGGAGAUCAGCAGCACGGAGAUGGAGGAACGUGGCAAACUGUCCGUCACUGAGGGGUUUUUAUGUCUCUUUUUAAUAAAAGUGUCAAAUUUGCAUUUGUCAUA